GGCGUCAGUGGGAGGAACAGUGCCCCAUCGUCGCGUCAGUGGGAGGAACAGUGCCCCAUCGUCGGCGUCAGUGGGAGGAACAGUGCCCCAUCGUCGGCGUCAGUGGGAGGAACAGUGCCCCAUCGUCGGCGUCAGUGGGAGGAACAGUGCCCCAUCGUCGGCGUCAGUGGGAGGAACAGCGCCCCAUCUCAGGUGUCAGUGGGAGGAACAGUGCCCCAUCAUUGGAACGUCACUGGGAGGAAUAGUGCCCCCAUCAUUGGCAUCAGUGGGAGGAAUAGUGCCCCAUCAUUGGCAUCAGUGGGAGGAAUAGUGCCCCGGUGUCAUUGGCCCCCAUCAGUGGGAGGAAUAGUGCCCCAUCAUUGGCAUCAGUGGGAGGAACAG